AUGACUUCAGCCAAGAUACAUAAAGUAGUCCAUGAAGCUAACGGAGUGCCCUUGAGAGAAACUCCAAAACAGUUUUUCGAUAGGCAACCUAAGGAGGGAGGCUAUAUCAAGGAUUUGAACCAUUACCAUGAGUUGUACCAAGAAUCAAUUGAAGAUUCUGAAGGCUUUUUUGGCCGCUUAGCUAAGGAAUUGUUAUCCUGGGAUAGACCAUUUCAUACUAUAAAAUCGGGUACUUUGCAAGAUGGCAAUGCCGCUUGGUUUCUUGGUGGUGAACUCAAUGCCUCGUUCAAUUGUAUAGAUAGACAUGCAUUGAAAACGCCAAAUAAACCAGCAUUGAUUUAUGAAGCUGAUGAUGAUCAGGACUCGUACAUUAUGACAUAUGGCGAAUUGUUACAAGAGGUCUGUAAAGUGGCUGGGGUGUUACGAAGCUGGGGUAUUGGUAAAGGUGACGUUGUUGCCAUUUAUCUACCAAUGAAUGCACAAGCUAUUAUUGCAAUGAUGGCAGUAACAAGAUUAGGUGCUGCCCACUCAGUCAUAUUUGCUGGUUUCUCAUCCGGAUCUAUUAAAGAUAGAGUUGAUGAUGCACAAUGUAAAGCAUUGAUCACUUGCGAUGAGGGUAAAAGAGGCGGGAAAAUUGUCAACAUCAAAAAGUUGUGUGACGAAGCUUUACAAAAUUGUCCAAGUAUUGAAAAAGUGCUUGUUUUUAAGCGGACAAAUAAUUCAUCCAUCUUGUUGAAACAAGGUAGAGAUUUCUAUUGGGAUGAAGAAACGGCGAAAUUCCCCGGAUAUUUACCACCAGUACCUGUUAAUUCAGAAGAUCCAUUAUUCUUAUUAUACACUUCGGGAUCCACGGGAUCACCAAAGGGGGUUGUUCAUUCAACUGCUGGUUAUUUAUUAGGUGCCGCAUUGAGUACAAAAUACAUAUUUGAUGUACAUCCUGAAGAUGUGUUGUUCACUGCUGGUGACGUUGGUUGGAUUACAGGUCACACAUAUGCUUUAUACGGUCCUUUGUUGUUAGGUAUUCCAACUAUAAUAUUCGAAGGUACUCCAGCAUACCCCGAUUAUGGAAGAUUUUGGCACAUUGUGGAAAAGCACAAAGCUACUCAUUUCUAUGUUGCGCCAACUGCACUUAGAUUAUUGCGUAAAGCAGGUGAACAUGAAAUUCAUAAAUAUGAUUUAUCUUCAUUGAGAACCUUGGGAUCGGUUGGUGAACCAAUCUCGCCCGAUAUUUGGGAAUGGUAUAAUGAGCAUAUUGGUAAAAAUGAGUGUCAUAUUUCUGAUACUUAUUGGCAAACCGAAUCGGGUUCACAUUUAAUUGCUCCACUUGCAGGUGUGACUCCUAAUAAACCAGGCUCCGCAUCAUACCCAUUCUUUGGUAUUAAAGCAGCCUUGAUUGAUCCUGUUUCUGGAGUUGAAAUCAAGGGCAAUGAUGUUGAAGGUGUGUUGGUGAUCAAGGACCACUGGCCAUCAAUGGCAAGAACUGUUUAUCGUAACCAUGCUAAGUAUAUGGACACCUAUAUGAACCCAUAUCCAGGAUACUAUUUCACAGGAGAUGGAGCAGCAAGGGACCACGAUGGAUACUACUGGAUCAGAGGUAGGGUUGAUGAUGUGGUUAACGUUUCAGGCCACAGAUUGUCUACUGCUGAAAUUGAAACAGCAUUAAUUGAAGAUUUAAGAGUUGGAGAAGCUGCCGUUGUUGGUAUCAACGACGAUAUAACCGGUCAAUCGGUAAUUGCGUUUGUUGCUUUAAAAGAGGAGACUAGAGACUGUGAAGAUCAAACUCAAUUAAGAAAAGAUUUGGUGUUACAAGUUAGAAAGUCUAUUGGUCCAUUUGCGGCACCAAAAGCGGUAAUCAUAGUGUUGGACUUGCCAAAGACAAGAUCAGGUAAGAUCAUGAGAAGAAUUUUGAGAAAGAUAAGUUCUAAUGAAGUUGAUCAAUUAGGUGACAUUUCUACAUUAUCCAAUCCUCGAUCUGUUGAAGGUAUAAUAAAGUCAUUUGGCUCUCAAUUUGGUACAAAGUAA